GCAUGCGUAACCAGUGACAAAACAAUCGUUAAUUACAAAAGUGAUCACAGUGCUAAUGAAAGCGGAUGGAAACUAUGUUGGUUCUUGUCUGUAUUUCAGCUGAAAAAACGUGAAAACAGUUGUGAUUUUUUUCUUUUCGGUUUAGAAAGCUAAACAAAUCCACCUAAAGAGGUCGUUUCUCGGAGGAACGACGCGGCCAUGGCCGCCGUGGCCAUGUCGCCUAUUUGCUACAAUCAUCCGGAAAAGCGAGCAGAUUUCAAAUGCUUUGAUUGUAAAUAUGAGAGUAUUAUAAAUCUGUGCGCGCAAUGUAACAUCCAAGUACACAGCCUUGAUGUCUUCAGGGCUCACAAAGUUGAGCCAUUGGAACUGAAGGCAAAAGAACGAAGGCUGUCUCAAGAUGUCAGCGACAUUGAAAAGUUAAUAGAAGUAGAAAAUGAUCUGCUUAAAAAUGUCCUGACAAAGUUAAAAUAUACAGAAACAGAAGAAAAGGAGACUCUUAGUCAGUUGAUCCAUCUUCAAAAUGCAGCAAAAAAGAGAAUUGCUGAAAUUAAAGACUGUGAAACAAAAAUUGAGAAAGCUUUCAACUACUUGGCAAAGGUAUCAUCCAUGCUUACACAAUGUAGUUCUCCUGCUGGAGAUGGUGAAAGCGAAGCUAAAAAAGAUCCUUUUGCUGUUCCCAUUGAAACUACAAUUACCAACCAGGAACCACUGAGUGGUCCUGUUGUGGAUUCAUCUGAUCAGCCUUGUGUAAAACCUUCACAAGAGCCUAUAGCUGAAGACCAAAAAGGUCCCCCAGAGGAACCCCGUGUUAAUCUCCCUGAUGAGCUGAAAGGUAAAGAUGUAUUUCCUGUCUGUGUGGUUGGAUCACUGGCCAGAAAUGGAUCCUUCUGGAUUGCAAAGAUAGGAGAACCAGAAAUGGAAAAACAGAGGCAAAUUCAAGUUGCUAUCAAAAAAUACUACCUUCAGCAUGGGUUUGGUGACCCUGUUGUUCUAAAAGAGGGAACACUUUGUGCAGUCCGCCAUAGACAAGUCAAAGAAUUCUGCCGAACCAGGAUUGAGCUUGUUACGACCUCUGGCAUGGCAAGGCUCCGUUUCCUUGACUUGGGAAUUGUUGACGAGUUCUCACCUUCAAGCCUUUGUCAACUACCAUUAGAUGUGGUUGAUAUUUCAUUUCAGGCAUUGGAGUGUUGUUUACUUCCUGAUCCAGAAACACAACUUCCUUAUGAGGCCAAGUGGUGCUUUAAAGACUUUACUUUCAACAAGAUUCUGAUGGCUUCAGUGGAAGGCCAGGUCACUGAUAAGAAAGGCCGUGAGCUUUAUCAUGUGAUGCUGGGUUCAUGUGGCGAGAUUCCAGUUUGUAUCAACAGCAAAGUUGCAAAAUUAGUGGAAGACCAAAAACAUGGAUUAGGGGAUCGUCCUCUUCAGCCAAAAGCAGAAAAGGUACAAACUGUGGAAGUUGUUGGUGGAGACAACACUGUCAAACAACAUACUUCAGAAACAGUGACACCAGGCAACAUUGUACAAGACACUGUCCCAAAGAUGGAUGCUAAUAGCAGUACAUCUGAAGAAGAGGAGACAUUGGCAAAGACAAACACUGAGACUGGUGUUACUGAUCAAGUUGCUGCUGAUGUUCAUAAAAUAGAUGUCCCUGUUGAGGAGCAUGAUAAUGUGGGUGGUGAUAAGCCUGUACUUCGUGCUGAAGCAGCAGAGUUUGUUCCGGUUUCUCCUGAACGUGAAGGACUGUCGAAGAAGGUUCCUCUUCACUCUGCUCUGGAGCAAAAUAGUGUUCCUGGUAUUCUACACCUGCCAGUACAGGAUGAAGCAGUCACUGUGAUGCCUGUAAAUGCAUUUGACGGCUUUAACAAUGCAGUGACAGAUACUCAUUUGCCGGCUGGAUGUGUUGACUUUACAACUUAUAACCACAUCCUGACCAAAUGUUCCUUCAAUUUGAUUUGCCAGGAGGACUUACCCAGAGCACGAUUUUUGAUGAUCAGGUCUGAUAUCAGGAGGAUUGUGGAGGGCAUGAAGUUCAACAUUUGGUGUUCCACAGCCUAUGCCAACCAAAAGUUAAAUCGUGUCUUUGGUGAAGCAGCACGCAGAGACCAGAGUCCUGUUUUCCUCUUGUUCUCAGGAAUAAGAACUUCUAUGUUUUGUGGGAUGGCUGAGAUGGUAUCAGCUGUUGACUCUACAAAGAGCUGCCCAAAGCUCAAUGAUCCAUUUAAAUUUGGUAGCAAGAUGACUGGAAGAUGCGAUAUAAAGUGGAUCUACGCAAGCAAUGUUUAUUUUGCCGAUGUGAUCACACCUAAUUGUGGUUUCUCAAGGAGGUAUCUUGAGGAAGCUGCCGAUGGUUAUGAAAUUAAUAACAGGCUUGGACAGAUGAUUGUUCGUGCAUUUGACUCAAGUGGUAAUUUUGAGUCCAUUUUACAACAAGCAAUGAAGGAUCACCAGUUCUAUCUUGCUGAUCAAGAGAACAGAGACAGGAAAAGCUAUGAUGCUGAGCCCUUGAAUAAUACUCAUGCUGGACCCUUGUGGAAUACUCCUGAAGAAACCAGCAAUGGUUUGCCAGCAUCACAGGAAGACUGGGACCAAGAGAUUGAGGACAACUUGAAAGCUGCCAAGUGUUCCGAGGUUGACCAGGUGGAUGAAAGCAGUGCACAAGAGGCACCAAAAGACAUUCCACCUGAAACUGUGGAAACAGAUUUCUCUGUUGUGUCUGAAGUUGUUACAGAUUCAUCUCCAGAGGAAGCAAGCUUGCAAGCUGACACAUCAGCUGCUACUAGCUGUGGUCCAGUUCUCUCUAUUAAGAACAAAGAAAUUGUGUCCAGUGAUGGCGACAGUGUGACAGCAAGUGAUGGCGAAGAAGUCAUUACUAAUUCUGAUGACACACAUGACCAAGAAGGAACAUGUGCUAUUCCAGAGCUGCAAGGAGGCUAUGAUGAGCAGAUAAAAGGUCCAGAUGAAGAUGUAGGCCUUUUUUCUGUUGGCUCAAUGGAAGGUCAAAGCCUUGUAGAGGCUAGUCUACCAAGCUCUCAAGAAAUGGAAGCUGAAGGCUCACCCCCCAAGGAAAGACAGGAAGAUGUUAAUGAAGAUCACAAGAUUGAACCUACUGAACAAAAUCAGGAUGGUUAUCUUGACUCAGCUGAUGAGUCACUUCAUACUGUGCCUCGUGCAUGCAACUCUUCAGGAGUUGAGGCUAAUGAAGAUGAACUUGAUCCUUGGGGGGAGUCUGAAGUUAAUCCAUCCCUAGGGGUUGAUGAAGUGGAUGAUGACAGCAGCAUUGGGGCCAGUAACACAGAACUCAAACAGGAUGGUUAUCAUGACCCAGCUCUUGAGUCAAUUCAUACUGUGCCUAGUUCAUACAGCUUUUCAGGAGUCGAGGAUGAGGCAUAUUCUUGGUCCUCUGCUGAUCCAUCUCUCAUUGAUGUAGUAUGUGAUGACAGCAACAUUGUGGCAGGGGGUUCAUCUGUAUCAGAAGGUCAUGUAAAUGGUGAGGUACAAGACAAACAUAACCCUGUUUUGAACGACUUGUGUUCACAAGAAGUCCUUUCCCGUGGAAGCUCAGAGGAGUUGCUCUCAGACUGCGAAGAUUUGCCGGUAGAAAUAGGCAAGGAGCAUUGGAUUGUGGCCACAGAGAGCGUGUCCAGCAGCGGGACUUUCUGGGCUCGUGUUGUGAGAACCAGUAAGGAGGAAGCUUGCUUUGUGGAUGACAUGGAGCGGAUGGGGGCUCACAUUAAAGCCAAAAAUAGACCUCUUGAUCCUGGCGAAAUCCACCUUUACAAGCAGUGCGCUGUGAAGGGACUGGACGAUUACUGGUACAGAGCACUGGUGGAGAAAACCCUCGAUCAAGGGAAGAUUUAUAUCAGACUGCUGGAUCUGGGUGAAUCAUGGGAGGUUCACCAAAAAGAUCUCAGAGUUCUUGAUGACGAGUUUUAUGCCUCUCCUCCAGCCCAGGCUUUUGAAUGUUCUCUAUGCUAUGAGAACCCGACCAACAGAAAGGAGAAGACUCGCAUUUCUAAACUUAUAAAGAAAAACAAAAAACUGCGAGUGUUGGUGAAAAAUUACAGUCGGGAAGGCACAGUCGGAGUAAAAGUCCUUUCCUAAGCAAGAUCAUUGUUUCGCAUUUGAAGUCCAAAGUUGGAGUUACAAUAGUUUUUGUUGUCGUUCAACAUUGUUCCAGUUGAUAACGCAGAAAUAUUGACAAACGUUUUUAAAAAUUUGUACAUAUUGCUCAGACUUGUACAAUCCUCAUUCGUGUAACUUAAGAUAUCGACUUAAGAAGAACGCACUUUGUAACGUUCAAAUUUUUUUUUUUGUAUUUUCAAACAUACUGCUAUUCCAUUGAUGAAGUUUCUAAUAUAUAUUGAAGUUGUUUGUUAAUAAAUAAUUUAAGACAAAGAUAAACGAGGUAAACUCUCUGCUUGUGAUUAUGUAACUGUUUUUAGUGAUUUUCUCACUGCGUUGAUGGUUGGUCAAUGGCACUUCCUUGGGAAGUCUUUUCCCCUAUAUUUUUCUUCGUCCUGGUCCUCUAAGCCCCAGAAAAGGACUCCAAAGAACGGCUAUACAAACAAGCUCGGAUUAGGGUCAAAACUUUUAUGGGAUGAUGGAUAGUUAAGGUUGGGGGAGAUUUAUACAAGACUACAGAACUCCCAAUUAAAUUAUUGUCUACCGCGCUAGAAAAAAAUGAGGUGAGAACACCAGGUAAAAAGUAAGUCUCUUACGUGCUGCACGUUUUCUAGUGUGAAGCAGCACGAUUAGCGGUUGGACUGUCUGGUUUUGUACUAACAUCAAAUGAUAAACCCUCUUAUACGACAGGAGCGAACCCAAAUCUUUGGUCAGACUCGUGUUUGAGAUAUGUGCAAACCGAGGGGACUUUUUCUACGCAUCAUGACUGACAGCGUAUCUUUUGGCGUCAUGUUGGCGUGAAACUUUCUGGAUUACUCGGGGUACCCUCUGAAUUCGAAGAUUUGCGGUGAUUGGUUUUUGUGGGUGAAUCCGAAGAAUCUCUAGCCUGCCUCCGAACGCGGACGUAAUUCUGGUUAUCGCUUGUCAACGCCGAAGAUAACGGAGACAUUUCGGAAAAUCAUCGACUU